AUGCCCGCAGAUCAAGUCGCAGUGCUGGAAGGCCCCCUUGAAGGCACCCGAGAGUGCGUUGUGUGCAGUGAAACAUACGGCAUCGAGCAAUUCCCAACUUCAGCCGCAUGCACGCAUGAACCCGAAGUUUGCGGAGAAUGUUAUGAUCAAUCGAUCAACGCUCAACUAGACGACAAGGCAUGGGAUAAUGUUGGGUGUCCGACCGAAGGGUGUGAUGUCGUUCUCCAACAUGCAGACAUUCACGAGAUUGCCACACAAGCCACCCAAACUAGAUAUGACGAAGCCUGUCUCCAGAGCGUGCUGGCUGCUGAUCCUGAUUUUCGCCAUUGUCAACGCCCGGACUGCAACUCUGGCCAAAUCCAUGAGAAUGGCACAGAUGGACCUAUUUUUCGCUGCCAGGCCUGCGGGUUCCGUCUAUGCGUGAUCCACAACGUUCCGUGGCAUGAGGAUGAAACCUGUGAACAUUACGACCUAAGGGUUAAAGGCCGAGAAAACGAAGAGCAGCUUCAGGCGAAGGCGUCGCUGAAAGUGAUUGACGAAACAACAAAGAAAUGCCCUGGGGAAGGCUGUAGCUGGCCUAUCGAGAAGAAUGGUGGAUGCAACCAUAUGACCUGUGAGUUUCCUUGCUAUCGCUUCUGUUGGCUGUGCUUGGCCCCUUACCAGCCAAUUCGGGAUGAGGGUAACCACAGGCACUACAAGCAUUGCGAGUUGUAUGUGCCAUGGAGGACAUCGCCCCCAGAGCCGAGGAUAACAAUAUUUGGCCAAUAUUUGCAACGACACAAGAGUACUAGAGUCCAAACUCCUGUAAACGAGCGUUAGUGGGCGGCAAUCAGAGGUUUCGAUGCUGGGAAGUUUCAUGGAACUGUGAGUCUUGGGAGGUGAUUCAGAUAUCCCUAUUACAGUGUAGAUGGACUGUGUAUGCAUUCGCGAUCACGGGUGUCGUCGGAUUAUAGUUUCUUGGCAGCGUUGACGCUGUUGAAGCGAUUCCAUUGGCUGCGGCGGUCAGGAACGCAACUUU